ACCGACCAUGCAUUUCCGUCUCCCGUUCUACAGUUACGUCCUUACUAUAAAUAACUUUUGUUUGCUGUAUUUCGAACGAAAAUGAAAACGUUUGCAAAGAAUUUUACUUUCUAAUCCACAUUAUAUGCGAUGUAUUUUAUAUCUUGCAUCAAGACAGUUUUGAUUCUAGUGUUUUUGUUUUCAACUCAUGAACUUCUUAGUUUAGUUUCCUCUUCGUCAAAACACGGAGACAACCCUGUGAACAAACCAUGGAAAUCAAGACAGAUUCUACAGUUCUUGAAUGACACACGCAAAAACGUUGAGUGCUCUGAGGUUCUGAAUAUUAAUUCUUCAUCACAAUGUGACUUUGUGAAAACAACUCCUGAUUGUCAAGUGUCGGAUGGUUUUAUCCAGUACCUGUACUUACCAUAUUGCUUGCUGCCUCACGGCGUAGCAUUCUUUAUUCUUUUCCUAUGGCUUGGUUUUCUGUUUGUUGUUUUGGGAAUUACAGCUGAUGACUACUUUUGUCCAUCUCUUGUUAUCAUCUCAAGAACAUUACGAAUGAGUCAAAAUGUUGCUGGUGUCACAUUCUUGGCUUAUGGCAAUGGAGCACCAGACAUCUUUAGUACAAUUGCCGCUUUUUCACAUUCCCAAGGUGAUAACUCUGCUGCAGAACUAGGGAUAGAAGCUCUUCUAGGUGCUGGUAUAUUUGUUACGACAGUAGUGAUGGGAGUUAUAUCUCUCAUUUCAAGCAACUUUACUGUGUCUAAAAGACCUUUCAUUAGAGACAUCAUAUUUUACAUGGGUGCUGUUGCAUGGAUGUCAAUAGCACUGCACCAACGAGAGCUCACAAUGUGGCAGUCAAUAGGUCUAAUAAUACUCUAUGUGGCCUAUGUUAUUGUAGUUGUUGUUGGGCAUUCUAUAUAUCAGUACUGGAAGAAGAAAAAUCGAAAAGGACGAGGGAUGAUGAAUGACAAUARCGGUGAUGCUGAAUCAAUAAAGUCUUUGUUGGGCUCCCAGUCUGAUUCAAUACAACACUUACCAGAAUCUCCUGGUUCUGGUCUGCUUCCAGAUGAGAAGUCACCACUUCUAAACGCUGGGAUAACACCAGUAGUUUCAUACAGAGUGAUGUCACUGCGUGGAAGACCUCUAAAGACGCUUGUACAUGAUCUUUUACCAUUCACAAUGGCUGAAUGGCAGCAAGCAGGAUUGUUUGGAAAAGUUAUAAUGUUGAUUAAGGCACCUGCUGCAUUUGCACUCAACUUGACCAUCCCUGUGGUAGACUAUACUGAACCAGACAGGCGUUGGAACAAGUGGUUAWAUGUCAUUAAUUGUGUAACUGGACCAGUGUUUGUUGUCAUGGGACUUAAGGUUGGAACUGUUCUUGUUGGUGGGCGUUUCCCAUUAUGGGCAUUGGCGCUAUGUAUUGGUUCCAUUAUUGGACUGAUUGUUGCUAUAGUUACCAAAAAUGAACACCCUCCAAAGUGUCAAUGGAUGUUUGCAUACUUGGCCUUUUUUGUGUCUGUUGUUUGGAUCUUUAUCACUGCAAAUGAAAUAGUUAACUUACUACAGGUAUUUGGGAUAGCAUUCAAGUUCAGUGAUGCUAUUCUUGGUUUAACAUUGUUGGCUUGGGGAAAUAGCAUAGGAGACCUUGUUACCAAUUCAUCAAUGGCUAGACAAGGCUUUCAUAACAUGGGUGCAUCUGCUUGCUUCGGAGGACCAAUGCUUAAUUUACUGCUUGGAAUUGGUAUUUCCUGUACUAUUGCAUCUGUGAAGAAAGGUCACAGUGUGAAGCUACCACAUCAAGGUCACCAGUACAUAAUAUCAGCUGGGUUUCUUACAGCAAGUCUACUUUCUUCUGGUGUUGUAAUACCAUUAAUGGGAUUUAGAGUACCAAGAUUAUAUGGAGUUUAUCUUAUAUUAUUAUAUUURGCUUACCUAACAGUAUCGAUUAUCGCAGCAGUUAAACACAUUUAAAAAUGUGACUUUUUUAUUAUUUUUUAAAAAGUUUUUAUCCAAGCAUGGCAAAAUGAUAUCAAGACACCAUUUAUUUAAUUUGAAUUAGAUUCAUCUAGUAGUAGAUUAAGUAUAGCAAAGCUAGUUUUAAUUGAUUUUUAUACAUUUUUAGGUACAUAAUUAAAAGUAUAGCAGAAUUCAUAAUUAGAGUGGGUUUUGUAUGACUGUGCAACGGCACGGAUCACGAAACCGACACGGCACGGCACGGUCACAACCUCGCCUUCUAGGAUUCCAAAUAAAAAUAAAGAUUUAACAAUACAUUACCGCUACGGCACGGUACAGUCACAGCACGAAAAUACCGUGUUUUUUGCACAGUCAUAUGAAAUCUGCUCUAUAACCACAAAGUAAUGCAUUUUCAAAAGCAUCCAAAAAAAGGUAUCUAUAAGUGCCUUUUUAUUAGAUAUUUCAUUUAAACAUUAUUAUAUUUUCUUUUUUAAAAGUAAAGUCUUUGUUUUUUAGUAUCGGUGAUAGUUUCCUCCUUUCCAUUGUAAUCAUGAAAGAAAGAUAUACCUCCUUCAUUUGCAUUAGAGCAAGGUAGUGUCCUGCUUCAGUGUAAAUGCAUGCCUAGCAUAAAGUCAUUGCAAGAUGUUGUCUUACUUUGACACAUAGGCAUUGGGUACAUUUCAUGAAGGUGCAGAUAACUGGGAAAAUUGCCUUUUACAAAAUAUAUCACAAAGCUGUGACGUGACCAGGCUGAAUUAUUUCGGGAAUGUUAUUUGACAAAUAACUUACGUCAGCGAUGAAAAAAAAAAAUAAGAAUAAAUUUGAUGUUUAUGGUGAACAAUAAAACUAUUUGAACUUUUAUUGGCUUUUGGUGAAAAACUGAAUAUUUUGUAAAUUUGAUCAAGUUUUCACUUGAAAAUACACUUAGUUAAAUAGUUAUUUUUAGUUCUGAUUGGCCAAUAAUUAAUUAAACACACAUUCCAAAAAUAUGUCAUAGCUUUGCAUUUUUCACUUAAAAAAGUAAUGAGAAGCCAGGCUUCUUAUUCUUACCUAGUGAUUAUGAUUUUUUAAUUUCCAUAU